GCGUGGUUCGCGUAGUCUUGUACUUGAUCCUGCAAAACACACACGUCCUACUCUCACCACUCCCUCCAUUGUACCUGUUUUGGCGAUCCGCGACGGGAAAGAUUUCGAUUCCGCAGACCAGCAGACCAGGCCAGGAACCAAUCCCCCCCCGGCUCGUCAGUGAUCUCAUCCCGCGACCCGCGACAACGCACUCGUCGAGAUCCUUGUGUGUCGCAACGACCGCUGAGCAUCCGAAAGAUCUUGCGUGUGGGAGGAAACAGAAUCAAUCUUUCACGACCGGGAAACGAAGUCGAAGCUGCGCGCCUGCUGUUGCAUAAACCUCUCGGUAUCCCGCCCGCGGAGACUUUUGCCCCACGUACUACUAGUUCUACCGGUUCAAACCUCUGUGCUUGCCGUCCUCCGACCGCCCAACCACCACGACAUCAACCCGAACACACCUCAGCAUCACGCAUAACUACCUCUCCGGUCUUCACGCAUCUACACCGCCACCAUGGCCGAAUUCGUGCGUGCGCAGAUCUUCGGCACGACCUUUGAGAUCACGAGCCGAUACACCGAUCUUCAACCCGUCGGCAUGGGCGCCUUCGGGCUGGUAUGCUCGGCAAAAGAUCAGCUCACCGGCCAGGCCGUUGCCGUGAAGAAGAUCAUGAAGCCCUUCAGCACACCGGUUCUCUCCAAGCGAACCUACCGUGAGCUGAAGCUUCUCAAGCAUCUCAAGCACGAGAACGUGAUCAGCCUCAGCGACAUCUUCAUUUCGCCUCUGGAAGACAUCUAUUUUGUGACCGAAUUGCUCGGCACCGAUCUCCACCGCCUCCUCACGUCGAGACCGCUCGAGAAGCAGUUUAUCCAGUACUUUCUGUACCAAAUCCUCCGCGGCCUGAAAUACGUCCACUCCGCCGGUGUCGUUCACCGUGACCUCAAGCCCUCCAACAUCCUGGUGAACGAGAACUGCGACUUGAAGAUUUGUGACUUUGGUCUGGCCCGUAUUCAGGAUCCACAAAUGACGGGAUAUGUCUCGACGAGAUACUACCGAGCUCCUGAGAUCAUGCUCACGUGGCAAAAGUACGAUGUAGAAGUGGAUAUCUGGAGUGCGGGAUGCAUCUUUGCGGAAAUGCUCGAGGGCAAGCCCCUGUUUCCAGGAAAGGAUCACGUCAACCAGUUCUCGAUCAUCACGGAUUUGUUGGGGACACCACCAGAUGAUGUUAUCAGCACCAUCUGCAGCGAGAAUACCCUCAGAUUCGUGCAGUCGCUUCCCAAGCGUGAACGCCAGCCGCUCAAGAACAAGUUCAAGAACGCCGACCCACAAGCGAUCGAGCUCCUCGAGCGUAUGCUUGUCUUCGACCCACGGAAACGCGUCAAGGCUGGCGAGGCUCUGGCCGACCCAUACCUCUCACCAUACCACGACCCUACUGACGAGCCAGAGGCGGAAGAGAAGUUUGAUUGGUCGUUCAACGACGCAGAUCUGCCCGUGGACACCUGGAAGAUCAUGAUGUACUCCGAAAUCCUCGACUACCAUAACGUGGACUCUGCGAACAACGGAGAGGGCCAGGAGAACGGCGGCGCAUAA